AUGAUUGACGAGAAGAUUCGAUACGAUGGCGAGGCGCCAAUCUACCCCUACAAUGAGGAAGACACCUCAGCAAGAAAUCGCCAUGUCACCGGCGAGCGCGAUGUGUUUGGAAAUGAAGAGAACCACCAGAUUAAAUAUAAGACCCUGAGCUGGCAGCUUGUCGCUGUUCUUAUGAUUGCCGAAAUUGUGUCGAACGGCAUGCUGAGUCUACCUAGUAGUGGUGGGGUUGUUGGUCUCGUCCCUAAUGUUAUCCUUAUUGUUUUCCUAGGCAUCUUUGGCACCUUUACCGCUUAUCUAUUGGUUCAAUUCAAGCUCAACCAUCCCGAAGUACACAAUAUGGGAGACGCCGGCUACAUCCUCUUUGGCGUUGUCGGACGAGAAGUUCUCUCCGCUGGAACAGUCAUAUUUGCUGUUUUCGCCACAGGCGGACAACUUCUCGCUGGCCAAAUCGCUUUGGGUGUUCUAUCAGAUUCCAAACUCUGUCUCAUGCUCUAUACUGGAAUUUUCGCCAUCCCAACACUCAUCUUCAGCUUCCCACGUACCCUCGAUGGCCUCUCAUGGCUCUGUAUCCCAAGCGUUCUCUCCAUCCUCAUCGCCGGAAUCGUAGGUAUGAUUGGAGCAGGAAUCAACCCUCUCGAAGGCCGUACCACCAGCCUAUUCCUGCAACCAACUUUCGUAAAUGCCUUUGUCUCCGUCACCAACCCGGUCUUUGCUUACGCUGGUCACUUUAUGUUCUUCAUUCUCAUUUCUGAGAUGCGCAACCCUAGAGACGCUAUGAAAGCCGCCUACACCCUGCAGGGCUUUGCUACCGCCUACUACACCGUCUUUGCCAUCGUUACACAUUGGUACUUAGGUGAUGGUGUUGUAAGCCCCAGCUUUUCCAGUCUCCCGACCGUAUGGGCAAAAGCCGCAUACGGAAUUGCGAUCCCCAACUUCCUGAUCGCUGGAAGCCUGUACGCGCACACAGCAGCGAAGCUGAUCUUCCUCCGCUUAUUCCGCAAUUCGAAUCAUCUACACAGUCACACCAUAGUAGGAUGGGGAACCUGGACUAUUCUGAUCCUCAUCAUGAACGCAGCGUCUUUUGUCCUCGCUGUUGGUGUACCGAUCUUCUCGUACCUCAUUGGGAUCGCGGCAUCGCUAUUUGCCAGCUGGUAUACGUAUGGCAUCGCCGGCGCUUUUUGGAUUCAUGAUAGCUAUCAUUUGAGUGGACAAGGCUCCUGGGCUUGGAGACGGAAACCGGUCAUGUUUGUGCUGAGUGUGUUGACCUUCGUAGCUGGUGGAUUUAUCUGUGUGGCGGGCACGUAUGUGAUUGUGAAGCUGAUUAUCGAUGCGUAUGACAGUGGAUCUGUUCCCCCGCCAUUUCAGUGCUGA